AUGGAUGCGAACAAGUCAAGGAAAUGCAGUUUGACAACCUUCCCAAUUUUGAAAGCAAGGAAGAAGCAAAGCUUCACCUCUGUGAAGGUUGAGAAUAAGCCUUUGGUUCAAGUCCAGAAGGCACCCUCCAAGAUCAAGAAGCUCAGAAUGACCCGAUAUUCACAUAAGAAUCCAAACAGCAGCAUUACUGCGCUCCCUUUUAUGGACACAAAGGGGAAGAGAGAUAGAGUUAACUUCCCCCACAUUGGCAACAAAGUCUUAUCAAAGCCAUCCAUUCUGCAUCUGGAAAAUCAAAUUCACAAUCAACUGCUAUUCUCUGAGCUCAAGACUUCAGAAGUACUUUCUGAUGCCAACUUUAAACCCCAAGAUAACAAGCCAUAUCUGGAACUACCAAAGAGGUACAAGGCCCCUCUUACAGCAGCAGAGGCCCUAAAGUAUUUUAAGAACCAGCUGUCCUCUUAUGAGCAAAAUGAAAUCCUGGGCUACUCGGAGCUGUGGUUCCUGGGGCUUGAAGCCAAGAAGCUCAAGGUGGCUCCGGAGAAGUUCAGCAAGACAUGCUUUGACGAUGAGAGUGGCUCCUACGUGAAGGUCCUUCAUGACCACAUUGCCUACCGAUAUGAGGUUCUAGAGAUGAUCGGGAAAGGGUCCUUUGGACAGGUGGCCAAAUGCUUGGAUCACAAAAACAAUGAGUUGGUGGCCCUGAAAAUCAUCAGGAACAAAAAGAGAUUUCACCAUCAGGCUCUGGUGGAGCUGGAGAUCCUGGAAGCCCUCAGAAGGAAAGACAAAGACAACACCCACAAUGUGGUCCACAUGAAGGACUUCUUCUACUUCCGGAAUCACCUCUGUAUCACCUUUGAACUCCUGGGAAUCAACCUGUAUGAGUUGAUGAAGAAUAACAGUUUUCAAGGCUUCAGUCUGUCCAUAAUCAGGCGCUUCACCCUUUCCGUUUUGAAGUGCUUACAGAUGCUUUAUGUAGAGAAAAUCAUCCACUGUGAUCUCAAGCCAGAAAAUAUCGUGCUAUACCAGCGGGGCCAAGUCACUGUUAAAGUUAUUGACUUUGGAUCAAGCUGUUAUGAACACCAGAAAGUGUAUACAUACAUCCAAAGCCGGUUCUACCGAUCCCCAGAGGUGAUUCUGGGCCACCCCUACAGCAUGGCCAUUGAUAUGUGGAGCCUGGGCUGCAUCAUGGCAGAACUGUACACUGGAUACCCACUGUUCCCUGGGGAGGACGAGGUGGAACAGCUGGCUUGCAUCAUGGAGGUGCUGGGCCUGCCACCUGCCUACCUCAUAGAGACGGCUACCAGGAGACAGGUAUUCUUUGAUUCCAAAGGCCUUCCCAAAAAUAUAACCAACAACAGAGGGGAGAAAAGACACCCGGAUUCCAAGGAUCUCACGAUGGUGCUGAAAACCUACGACUCCAGCUUCCUGGACUUUCUCAAGAGGUGUUUGGUAUGGGAGCCUUCUCUGCGCAUGACCCCCGAACAGGCCCUCAAGCACGCCUGGAUUCACGAGCCACGGAAAAUCAAAGCAUGGCCCAGGCUGCAGACCUUGAGGAAGCCCAGUUUCAGUGGUUCCUCCGAGAUAAACAAGGACAAGGCUGAAGAGCUUCAACCCAGCAAAAGCAAAAAAGAUGAGACCACCAAAGAGACUACGGACAAAUUUAAAGACAGCUCUGAGACCAACCUUCAGAAUUCCGGCAAACAGCAGAGCUCUCUCCAGCCUGUGGGGAAGACAGUCCAGCUGCCUCACCUAGCAGAUGCUUCCGGAAAGCCAGAGACUGUUGCUGGGUCAGAGGUGUCGGCAGAAAAACGAGGCACCUCCUCCCCCAAGAGCACAAACAUUUUACCAGCCAUCAUUUGA